UUUUCGUGUGGGUGUGGAAUUUCAAACAUACAACACUAUUCACUUUGUGCACAUGUUUUUGGUUUUUGUAACGUUGGCAACGCUAACCUGUUUCUAUUUUCAUAUGUAUCAGUUGCAAAAUUGUUCACUCACUGGCUGACCGUUCCCCGUGCUUGAGGAAUAGUGUGAUAUUGAAACGGGCGAAAGUUAAACGGCGACUGACUUAUUUAAUGAUAUGUCAAAAAUUUUAUUCACUAGUUUCUGGCAGAAAUAAGUAAAUAUUUCAAGCGAAAAUCGUGCUGAAUUAUUACCGAAGUUAAUCUAAGAAGAUAAUUCAUGAAACGACAAUUGAAUUUUGCUAAAAAUCGAACGGGUAAACGUGAGGAUAAUUGAUUAAAAUCUGAUUUUGGUGAAGUGAAAAAAGUGGUAGUUGCUACAUCACACGCAGCAAGGCUAUAUAGAGAAAAAAAGAAAUUUGGCAUAUAAAGAAAAAUGAAAAUAUUCGUAUGCUGCUAAAUAUAAAACUGCGCUCAAUUUUUCGCAAUACAUACUUUUAUUGAAAGUGCAUUUUGUGAAAAAAUUCUAAUUUUGUAAAAGUAACAUGAUUAGAAGAAAAAUUAAAAACAACAUAUUACUACAAAAACCAUCAUAACUAUAACGAGAAAAAAAAAAACUACGAAAAACGACCACGUACAGAAUAGAGGAUAAACGUUGUACAAGGCAAUAAUUUCGAGGGACGAGCACAAAGAAAGAUAAGGCAAUUGAAUAAAAGAGAACUAGAAUUAAGUCAUUCAAACGACACUGCUACGUCGCUAGCGAUUGCGGCAGCGGUUUUUCAACUGCUUGCUACGUACAAAAUUAAAAGCAGCAGCGUUGGAACCGCGAAUAGACUACAAAAUUUUGUACCGAUCAAGCGGAAAGGUUAAAAUAACGACUGAGAGGGAACGGAGAGCUUGGGCAGUGACAGCAAAAGACGGAGGCGGUGGCUGUCAGUCCAAAACUUUUGCUUCAAAGACAAUGAAUUUUAUGAGAAAUUAAAGUAGUUAAUUAAAUCAAAAAUACAACGAAGAGUUUCGUAGUAACACAUUAAAAUAAAUAGUAAAGUUAAGGGAGAAUAUUAAAUUUUCCAAAUAAUAAAGCGCGCACUAUACGUACACCUUGUGCGUAAGUGCGUGCGUUCAUACGGUCAGCCAAGUCGCAGCUGCAACGAUAAAGCAAUAUAGUAAAAGUGAACGUUAAAACCUUAAAACAGAUUGCACAAAAUGGAAUAUCUAUGGGGCGGUUACGUUUAUAUGAAUGGGGAUGCAGUGAAGUUACAACCACCUGUUGCUAAUACCUUAUAUGCCCAUGUACCCGUCGAGACGGCAAUGUUAGCCACAACCAAUUUAUACGCUCCGACAACUCAACUGACAGCUCAAACGGCUACACAUAUUCCAUUAAUAGCGACCACAGCCCCACAACCGCCACAUCCGCAAACAUUGCAAGUGGCUGCAGCACCGCCACCACCCACACAACAUCAACACCAACACCAGCACCCACAGCUGAUAACACAUACCCAUCCACACGCGCACACACAUACACAUAACGCAGCUGUCGCUGCCGCGGUAGCCGCCCCACACACACAACAACCACCCACUGCUGGUGCCACUAUACAAACGGUGCCAACUGCCACCCAUCAGACCGCACAUUUACAAUACGCUCAUCAGCCACAGCCAAUAGCUCAAGUUGCUACGGGUGGCACAACUGUAACUACAAUUGACAGUGCAGAAUACGCAGCCGCCGUUAUGAAUGGAACGAUUGCCCAGGACGGUACUACCGUCUGCUAUGGUCAACAAGAGGAGCUAUCCAAUGUGGCUGCUGGAAACAAUUUAAUGGCUGUGGAUGUUUCGAUGACAGGCACACCGACAUCGGUAGGAACUCAUCAAGCACAUACACAACAUGCCGUUGUUGUGUCAAAUGGGCCACAUCAGACACAACAACAACAAAUAAAUAGUGGUAAUAAUAUCAAUACAGUUGACAAUUCCGGCAUACCAUUGGAUCAACUGAAACAAAUGCUGUCCACACAGUUGGAAUACUAUUUCUCCAGGGAGAAUUUAGCAAAUGACACAUACCUUUUGACACAGAUGGACAGUGAUCAGUACGUGCCUAUUAUUACCGUGGCAAAUUUUAAUCUUGUAAAAAAGCUUACAAAGGAUAUUAAGCUUAUUACAGAUGUGCUAAGAGAAUCACCGAAUGUGCAGGUUGAUGAAGAUGGAUUGCGUGUGCGUCCAAAUCAUAAGCGUUGUAUUAUAAUAUUAAGAGAAAUUUCUGAAAAAACCCCUGUCGAAGAGGUUAAGAAUAUUUUUAAUAACGAUAAUUGCCCAAGAGUAAUAUCAUGCGAGUUUGCGGGCAAUAACUCCUGGUACAUAACAUUCGAAUCGGACGAAGAUGCACAGAAAGCGUUUAAAUAUCUCCGUGAAGAUGUCAAAAUGUUCAAAGGUAAGCCAAUAAUGGCUCGAAUGAAGGCGAAACCAUUUAUCAAUAGACUUCCGAUUGCACCAGUACCAUCCCUAAAGAACGGUUAUCGUUUAACGUCGCCCCCGGCUGCCGUAUAUGAUCCGAAUACCGCAGCAACAGCUGUUGCAUAUAAUGCAACUCCACAGCGUUUUGUUUAUGCUACAAAUGGUGCCGCAAUGACACAAGCAUCAGUUCCCUAUAAUACGCCAGUGUUAUUCCAGCCUUUCAAUCAACAGCAAUUUUACCCAAGCAUUGUUACAACCACACCGUGGCCACCGGCGGCUGCUGCCGCUGUAGCAGCAGCCGCUACCACUGGUCACAAUCAAAACUUCUAUGAAAUCGGCAAUGUAUUUGCUAAUGGCUUGGCACCGCAGGCGACAGUACCAGCUACUUAUACAGCGCAACAAGCGGCCACACCUUUGAUGUCCUCAUCGAAGGGACCAAGCGGCGGUGGUCGUUAUAAUAACCAUCGCAAUAAUAGUAGCGGUGCUGGAGGUGGUGGACGCAACAAAAUACGUGGCAACAAUGCACAACAACAGGUGCAACAACAACAACAGCAACAGCAACAAACACAGCCUUUGCCGGGUAUGAUCGCAACGCUCGGCAAUGUUGUUGGUAGUUUGGUGAGUGUCGUACCAGCAAUAGUCGAUCCCUUGCAACAACAACAGCCACAGGCUCAAUCUCAACAUAAAAUGCAACAAGCGACAUCAAGUCAAGUGCAGCAGCAGCAGCAACAACAGACGCAACAAUCCCAACAACAAACACAAAACACCAAUACCACCAGACACUAUGGUGGUAUAAAAGCUAGUGGUGGCGGUAUGAACAAAUCAUCAUUGGAUAAGUCAUAUGGAGGCGGCGGCAUGUCAAGUCACAUACAUUUCGGCUCGCAAUCACAAUCGAAUGCUGGUCCACCUCACCAUCACUCAUCCUCAGUGCAAUUGCAACCACAACAGCAACAGCAAUCAAACACAGCUGCUACUGGUACACAUUUACAACAAAGUCACUACCAGAUGCCUUCCUCGACCGCAGCAGUAGCGGCAGCGGCAAACACUUCUUUGCAGCACACUUCCUAUUCACAUGGUACGCCGACAGUGUCGGUGCAGCAGAGUCAUCACCAUCAUCAACAGCAACAGCAGCAACACGUGCAACAAAGUUUGCAUGGGCAGCAUGUUUCCGAUAUUCAAGAUGAUGGUAGUGUUAUCGUUUAUGAUAUGCUGCCAAAACAGCAGCAGCAGCAAUCGGCACAUCCCCAUCAACAGCAGCAUCAGCAACAAUCACAACAAAACAGUCAAAACUUUUAUGAUGAUGGUGUUAUCGUUUAUGAUAUGCUGCCAAAACAGCAGCAGCAAUCGACACAUCCUCAUCAACAACAGCAACAACAACAUAGCCGAAGCAACUUGUCAAGUUCCACAUCGUCGCUGGCGACGUCAUCGUCGGUUGGUGUCGGUGGGGUGGGGAAGGAACAGCCAAUACAUUGGACACAACCGCGUCAUCGACGUCGAAGACGUGACGAUGAUGGCAACGUUAUGACAUAUUCGCCAACCACUAGACUUGGAGGCGCAGGCGGCGGCGGCGGCGGAGGUGGAGUAAGCGGUGGGCAGCAAACCUACAUUGGUGGUAGCUCAUCGUCACAUCAUCAAGCACAGCAGCAACAACAACAUCAACAACAACAACAGCAGCAGCAGCAGCAGCAGCAACAACAACAACAAUCCUCAAAUUCCGGCAGUACACUUGCAUUAUCAUCAAAUAACAACAAUAACAGUACAAUGUCAUCUCAAAGUAGUGGCGGCGGCGGCGGCGGUGGUUCCGGUCACCAUAGUCAGCGUGGUGACGGUAUACAUCAUGGUGGUAGCGGCAGUAGCGGCUACAACUCUCAUCGUGACGAGCAUCGUGGAGGUUAUAAGGGAAACAAUUACAAUCCCCAUUACAAUAGCGGUGGCGGUAUGGGCCAUCACUCGCAACAUUCAAGUGCAUCGCAUCAUCAUCAUCAUAGUGGCGGCGGUACAUCGCAGCAACAUCACCACCACCAUUCAUCGUCACAUCAUUCGGGCUCAACGCAUCACUACCAUCACCAUCGCCACGAAGUUGGAAGUAGUAGUGGUGGUGGUAGCGGUGGCUUAAGUGGUGGCGGUGCUAAUAGUGGCCAUGGCAUGAGCGAUCGCAGUAAUGAUCGCAGUGGCGGUCAUGGACAUCACGGUCAACAACAGCAGCAACAGCAGCAUGUGCCGCCGCCACAGCCGCCACAGUUUGACUUAGAAGCGGCCGCAUUUCCACCACUGCCAGCGACCACAGCUUCGUCUUCUUUGGGGUUAUCCGGGGCGAGUUCAACAAAUAGUAGUGGCAAUAAUAGCAACAGUGCAGCAGCGGUGUCUAGUAACAAACAAACUGCUAACUUGACACCACAUCAUCAUCAACAGCAACACCAUCACCAACAGCAGUCUUUCGGCGGUGUCGGCGGCACUGGCACCGGCACCGGCACUGGCGUCGGCAAUGAUGGUAGUGUAAGUGGAAAUAAUGAUGGGCAGUUGCAAAAGACAGCCUAUUUGCAACAGCAGCCACAACAACAAAAAAACAAUCUGUGCUCAAGCCAUUCAAAUGCCUUACAGCAAACAAAUAGUUCCUCAUCGACGGUAACUGGUAUAACAGCGAAUGUUGGUGGCGGCAGUGGCGGUGGCAAUAGCCACCAAAACAACAGUGCCAGUGUUAGUGGUAGUGGUUGGUCAAAUGAAAAUCGUUUGGCUGACGUUGUACGCUCUGGCGCUAAUACUGGUGGUAAUAAUAGCAAGAGUAAAUCCCGAAAAGAUUCCGCCCAUAAUAAUAAACAGCAACAACAAAAUUACCAACAGCGUAAUACAAGCUCUAGUGCCACUAUUAGUCCCACCUCGAUAUCGUCCAUCACCGCCGCAGAAGGUGCUUUUACCGCUGACGAACCGAAUACGGUUGCGACAGCGGCUGCGACAGCGAGUGCGACUGCGACUGCGACUGUGGCAGCACCAGUAGCAGUAGCAUCGAUAAAGUCGAACAACAAAUCGGCAACAUUGAAUAAGCAGAACUUGAAUUCGAGUUCGAAUACAAAUUACACAACCACCGCCUCCUCAUCCAACAACACUGUGAUAAAGUGUCCAACACAAUCCAAUAAUAACAAAAACAACAAUGCCUAUAGUCUAACUGGCGGCAAUGCGUCAUACGACAGUAAUACUGUUGACGAACUUAAGCGGAAUAACCGUAAAUUCCUUGGUGAAAAACCUAUUAACAAGACUGAGGAUCUGUCCGUUUUCAACGCGACACAAGAAACAGGUUGCAAACAGCAACAACAACAUAAUAACCCCCAAGAUAACAAUACGAGUACAGAGUUGCACCAGCCUCAACAUCCCCCAACUCAGCAUGUGCUGUCUUCAUCCUUAACCACGGCCGGCAAUUGUAGUGGCAGCAACAAUAGUGGAUCACAAGCCGUCACAUGCAGCGUAGCAACUAUGACAACAAACUUCGCAGAUUGCAGCCUAAGUAAUCACAAAAAACCGCCAGCAGUGGCAGAUUUAUUAGCCAAAAAGGCGACGCCGAAAGAUGCUACCAAGCAUAAGAAUGCUUCAACAUCUACAAAUACUGCUUCCAUUGAAAAUAUAGUUGCAGCGCAGACUGGCAUACCUAUAACGAAUGCCACUUGCCCAAAUGUUACUCCUGCAGCAGCAGCAGCAGCAGGUAAUAAUAGUUCACGCUUAAGUUAUGCGCAAGUCGCUCAACACCACAAAGAACGUUCCGCCACAGAUGUUGGAAACAGCAAGGAGAAUUCUGCCUCGGGCCAGGCAUCGCCAGUGGCUCUGCCUAAUAAAAACGAAUUAUUAUUAAAUAUAAAUAAAAAUGAGCCUAGUAAUAGCAGUAAUGCUGCGUCUGGCGGAAUAAAUGCUGUUAUUGGAGUGGCGGUUGCGGCGACAGCGACGCCAUCUACACCUAUUGUGGCUUCCCCCCAGUAUGUGGAAAAGCAGAGCGAUAAGUCUAUAAUCUUUGACAAACCACGUGGCGUAACGAACGUGAGUCAAGGAACUUCAAGCGGUGCCGUAGCAAGUAAUGCAGGUAACGGCAGCGGCAAUAGUACAGGUGCUGUGAACAGUGGAAGUAAUGUGGUUACAUUACGCACUGAUAUUUCCAAAGAAAAGGAUGCUUUACGCGAAAAUCGACAAAGUACCGGUAGUAACAAUAGCGGCAGUAGUGGGUUUAGUAGCAGUGGUGCAGUUAGUAAUGUUGCAUCGCCAUCCACUCUAACGACCACAAUUCGCAAUCGUGGUAACGAUGGCAAAGAGAAGAAUGUGCGGGAACGUCAUGACACUGCCGAAAGUAGCAGUAGUGGUCGAAAGUCUGCGCGAAAUUAAUCGUCAGUUUGGUUGAAAGGAGCGAAUACACUUUGCAUAGAAACAGCAUUUCACACGCAUAUAUAAUACACGACAAAGCAUACAUAAGAACACUCCAAACACAUUCUCUCAUCUAAUUGAGAGUAUAAAAUCACACAAAUAGAACAUAUUAUAUGUAUUUAGAAACACACAAACGAAUAAGUUGGCAUUGCGGUACUUUGUGUUCAUGGCAGCAAAUAAGUAAUCACAUUGCAUCGUAAAUUAAUGAAACAAUUUUUAUUUUGUGAUCUAACGUAAUUAAUGCAUACGAAAUCAAAAACAAAUGAACAAAAUACAUUUAGAAAACUAAGGUGAGACAAAAUGAGAGCGUGUUAUGAGUGAAUUUUGUGCGAAAUUCUUUGUGUGUGAUCUACGAAUUUAAAAAAAAAAAAAAAAAGUGAAAGUUGUCAAUGCUGUUCAAUUGCUAAGCUCAUAAACGGUAGUGUUUGACCUAUAACUAUAGUACACACUACCAUUGCUGCACAGUUAUAUUGCUUUAAGAGUGGAAAUAUUGUUUUGAUAAAUGGGGCAGCCGCGCUGCUGAAGGUUCUACAAUACCGCUUUUUAUACUUGCAUGCUACAAACCGCCAAAUUGCUGCAUAAAAACUACCAAUUUACUACUAUGUACUACUACUACUACUACAACUUAUACUACUGAACAACAAUUGUUUUUAUGAUAUUAUAAAAUUUCACGAAUAAUUGUUAUAAGAAAAUAUAAAUCAUGUUAUAGAAGAACAGAAAUAAGCUGUUUUUGGUAAUAAAAAGACGAAACGUGUACCAUUCGUGAAAAAAAUAUAUGUAUAAACAGAGGACCAGACCGAAAUUAUUCGAUUACAAUAAUUAUAAAUAUAUAUAUAUAUAUAUAUAUACAUAUAUAUAAACAAAUAUAUAUAUAACCAAACUUAUACUUAGUUAUUAAGUAAUUGAUGAACGAAUUGUCAAAAUAUUGAAGGAAAAA